AUGAGACGUGCCUUGGACACCCUAGAUGCCCCGUUCUCCUGCCGUUGGGAAUUGAACUGGACAGGUUUCCUUACCACGGCGGAUAACACUGCAGCGUGCUCCGACCGCUUGGACAUACCAAUACAAUUCGACCUCCACGGCCUCCUCAAGAACUUUGCGGCGGCCAAAGGGGCGGCUUCCUUUCGCGCGCUGCCAAUCCGGGGAGCCCAUGCCAUUCGCAAGCCUAAGGACAUGCUCAUCUCCGCCUACUGCUAUCACCACCGUGGAGAGGAGUAUGGCACGUUUGAUGUUCCGUGGCCCGAGAUCAUGUCGAUGGGCCCUCUCGAGGGUCUCAUGGCCCUGUGGCCUCCCAUGUCUGGGGUCAUGCAGCGCAUGCUGGAUCUCUACACGCACACGGCUGCUGAUGAGAUGUUCCAUGUACGCUUUGAGGAGAUCUCCAAGUCGUCGGAAGGCUUUCACGACGUGGUCCAGAGGCUGUUUCACUUCCUCUUCGCAGACACCGUCCCAGAAUCGGACCUGUUCCGGCUCUGGGAGGCAGUCAAGGUGGAGGACUUGAACGUUAAGCCCACCGAUGACGACGCCUUAGAGGCCAGCAACCACUCGAAUGACAAGGAGUGCAUGCUGGCAACGCAGGAAUCUUUGCUGCAGCUGGACCCGCGCGUGUUGAGCCAGUUGAAGGACAUGCAAGAGCAGCUGGGGUAUUCCAUUGAGAACUGGCCGGACCCUGUCACCAGCUAA